GCACUCAUCCUGCUCCAGUCUCACAGCGCCGAUGGCAUCUCCCGGCUCCGGCUUUUGGUCUUUCGGAGCUGAAGAUGGCUCCGGGGAUCCCGAGAACCCCGGCACAGCGAGGGCCUGGUGUCAGGUGGCCCAGAAGUUCACGGGUGGCAUCGGAAACAAGCUGUGCGCCCUGCUCUACGGAGACGCCGAGAAGCCAGCGGAGAGCGGCGGGAGCCAGCCCCCGAGGGCCACCUCCGGCAAGGUCGCCUGCGUCUGCAACCAGAAGCCCUGCGGCUGCCCCAAAGCGGAGGUCAACUACGCGUUUCUACACGCAACAGACCUGCUACCAGCAUGUGAUGGAGAAAGACCAACUUUGGCGUUUCUGCAAGAUGUUAUGGACAUUUUGCUUCAAUACGUGGUGAAAAGUUUCGAUAGAUCAACCAAAGUGAUUGAUUUCCAUUACCCUAAUGAGCUUCUUCAGGAAUAUAACUGGGAAUUGACAGACCAGCCACAAAAUUUGGAGGAAAUUUUGAUGCAUUGCCAAACAACUCUAAAAUAUGCAAUUAAAACAGGGCAUCCCAGAUAUUUCAAUCAACUUUCUACUGGACUGGAUAUGGUUGGACUGGCAGCAGACUGGCUGACAUCAACAGCAAACACUAACAUGUUCACCUAUGAAAUUGCUCCAGUAUUUGUGCUUUUGGAAUAUGUCACGCUGAAGAAAAUGAGAGAAAUCAUUGGCUGGCCUGGGGGCUCUGGCGAUGGGAUAUUCUCUCCUGGUGGCGCUAUAUCCAACAUGUACGCCAUGCUGAUCGCGCGCUUUAAGAUGUUCCCCGAAGUCAAGGAGAAAGGCAUGGCUGCGGUCCCCAGGCUCAUUGCCUUCACCUCUGAGCAUAGCCAUUUUUCUCUCAAGAAGGGAGCUGCAGCCUUGGGCAUUGGAACCGACAGCGUGAUUCUGAUUAAAUGUGAUGAAAGGGGGAAAAUGAUCCCAUCUGAUCUUGAAAGAAGGAUCCUUGAAGCCAAACAAAAAGGAUUUGUCCCUUUCCUUGUGAGUGCCACGGCUGGGACCACCGUGUACGGAGCUUUCGAUCCCCUGUUAGCUGUCGCUGACAUUUGCAAAAAAUAUAAGAUCUGGAUGCACGUGGAUGCAGCUUGGGGUGGGGGAUUACUGAUGUCCCGGAAACACAAGUGGAAACUGAGCGGCGUGGAGAGGGCCAACUCCGUGACGUGGAACCCACAUAAGAUGAUGGGCGUCCCUUUGCAGUGCUCUGCUCUCCUGGUGAGGGAAGAGGGGCUGAUGCAGAGUUGCAACCAGAUGCAUGCCUCCUACCUCUUUCAGCAAGACAAGCACUACGACCUGUCCCAUGACACCGGAGACAAGGCCUUACAGUGCGGACGCCACGUCGAUGUUUUUAAACUCUGGCUAAUGUGGAGGGCAAAGGGGACCACGGGGUUUGAAGCACACAUUGAUAAGUGUUUGGAGCUGGCGGAGUAUUUAUACAAUAUCAUCAAAAACCGAGAAGGUUAUGAAAUGGUGUUUGAUGGAAAGCCUCAGCACACAAACGUCUGCUUCUGGUAUAUCCCUCCGAGUUUGCGUGUCCUAGACAACAGUGAAGAGAGGAUGAGCCGCCUCUCCAAGGUGGCUCCAGUGAUUAAAGCCAGAAUGAUGGAGCAUGGGACCACAAUGGUGAGCUACCAGCCCUUGGGAGACAAGGUCAAUUUCUUCCGCAUGGUCAUCUCAAACCCUGCAGCAACUCACCAAGACAUUGACUUCCUGAUUGAAGAAAUAGAACGCCUUGGGCGAGAUUUAUAAUUACCUAGCUCACUAAGCUGUUUCAGUUCUCUAGGUAGACAAUUAAGUUGUCACAAACUGUGUAAAUGUAUUUGUAGUUUGUUCCAAAGUAACUCUAUUUCUAUAUCGUGGUGUCAAAGUAGAGUACAGUUUAAAAAUCAAAAACAAACCAACAUUGCUCCUUUUAAAAAUCCUUUCGUAAGUUUAGAAUACCUCUCUAAUAAUUAGUGACAAAAGGCUGUGUUCUAAUCAAUAAGGAAAAGCUUAAAAUUGUUAUAAAUACUUCCCUUACUUUUAAUAUAGUGUGCAAAUCAAAAUUUAUUUUCACUUCAGAGUAGUAGGGUUGAACAGUGCCAAAUUGCCCCCGAAUCAUAAAAGGUUCUCUGGGGUGCAGUGAAAAGGAUAAAGUAAAUAUAAAAUGUAGGUUGACAAUAAAAAAAAAACAACUCUUGCCUUUUU